AUGAGCCCCAUUCGUAUUGAUAAAGCUACCCCUGAAGAAUUAUCUAUAUUAGAUAAAGCUUGGGUGCAUUUACAUCAAAUAUCCAAACACCCACAUCCUUACUCCAGUGGACCUGAAAAUGAUCACGUUCAUGAUUACAUAUACAACAGUAUUGAGAAAAUAGUUCAACAUAUUCCAAAUCCUGACUUUAUUUCUUUGAGUAGUGAUAAUGUUCCUAAUGGUGCUUCUAUCGUCACCCCCAUUAAAGAAAUUUUCAAACAACAAGAUGUUUUCGACGCGGCUUCAACUGCUACAAGAGUGAUUUAUUAUGAAUCUAACAAUAUUGUUGUUAAAAUUGAAGGACUAGAUCCUAGCUUAACUAAGGACGAUGGUCUACUAUUUUCUGCUCAUUUUGAUUCUGUUCCCAUGGCUAAUGGUGUUACUGAUGACGGUAAAGGAAUAGUCACCAUGUUGUCCUUGUUUGAGUAUUUUGCACACAACAGGCCCAAACGUACUUUAAUUUUCAACUUUAACAACAAUGAAGAAUUUGGGUUGCUAGGUGCAACAAUUUUUAACAAUUAUCAUCCAUGGAAAAAACUAGUCAAAUAUGUUAUCAAUUUAGAAGGUACUGGUACUGGUAAGGGAGAAAGGGCUGUUUUGUUUAGAACAAGUGGUAUAGAUACUGCUCAAAUUUAUCAAAAGGCGGUACGUGAUCAACCUUUUGGUAACUCAAUAUAUCAGCAGGGCUUUUACAAUGGCUACGUCCACAGUGAAACUGAUUAUAAGAUUUAUGAGUCCAGCUUAAAAGGUUGGGAUAUUGCAUUUUAUAAGCCACGGGACUUGUAUCAUACUUUCAAAGAUUCUAUUAUUUAUACCGACAAGAGCUCAUUAUUUAGUAUGUUACACACCACUUUCCAACUAUCUACGUAUAUCGCAAAUACUGAGAAAUUAAACGAUGAAAAAGAAGAAACCCCAGCAAUCUAUUUUGAUUUUGGUGGGAAAUUUUUUUGUUUCAACAGUAAAAAAUUUACGAACAUAAACCUUUUAUUGCUGAUACUUGCUCCAAUUUUAUGUAUUAUAGCCGAAUUAGUCGUCAAAAGGAAUUAUUAUAACGCCAAGGGGUAUACUUUAUUCACGUGGAUUAAGUUGCCUAUUUCCUUGAUUAUAUCGCUUGGUGGCUUGGCUCUUUUGGAGAAAUUUUUGCUUAAUACUAAUCCAAUGUUACCAUCCCGUAAUUUCUGGAUAUUGGUUAUUUUAUUCACAACCUCCUUUGUUUUACUCAACUAUAUGUGUUUAAGAUGGAAUAGUACCAGGAAUCAUGGCAACGUCGACAGUACUGGCAGCGGUGACAGUAUUCAGAACAACAAUUGCAGCAAUUGUGACGAUAUUUUGAAAACGAUUUUUAUAAUUGAAUUAAACUUUGUAUUAUGGGGUAUAUUAUUAUACCUAACAAUUGAAAAUUAUAAACAUGAAUACAAAGAUACCGGUAUUUAUCCCUUUACUUUCAUAUAUUUUGCAUAUUCCAUUGGCAGUAUUUUAGGCAGUUUGUUUGACCCAUAUUAUCACUGUAGUAAUGGUUCACAAAACAAUACUACUCCACAGGCAUUGGAAGCUGAUGUUAGCUCAUUUAAUUCCACUAACCAUGAACCUGAAAAUAGACCGUUAUUGAACAUAACUUCAACUACUUCAAACCAUACAUCAUAUGUAAAUGAAGAUAGUCAUUCUGUUAGCUCUUCGCACGAAGAUUCGUCUCUCUAUGACAACCAAAUUGAAUCAAUUUCAUCUAAUUCCUUUUCUCAUGCAGUUCCCGGAUACUAUGUUUGGUCGAUUCAAUUUAUAGUUAUUGUGAGUAUUUCUCUGUUCACUGUAUUUACCUGUGGUGGGUUAAUUUUAGACGCUUUGAACCAAACAAUUCAAGAAAGUUCUGAAUCUACCUUGAAAAUAUUUGACCUUAUUAUGUUGAUUAGUGUUUUUCUUGGAUUGCCGCUAUUACCAUUUAUUAUGAACCUAAAUUAUUAUGCCAUUAUUUCUUUCUUUUUAUUAUUUUUGGCUACUUUACCUUUAAGCAUUAACUUGGCUCCGUUUACAGAAUCUGAGCCUCUAAAAUUGCGUGUUGCGGACUAUCGUUUAUUGGGAAUUGAUGGGAACCUAAGAAAAGAAAUUGUGGUGUACGGUAGGGACAUUGAUACCAAUUAUUUAGAGAAUUAUUCUUCUGGCGGUGUUGAUAGUACGAUCACCUCAAUGUCUUUGAUUGAAAAUGUUAUUGGAUCGCUACCUUCUCAAUCGAAGCAAAACAACAUUACAUGUUUGCCUGCAAGAGAUGGAAAUGUUCGUUGCAGUUAUGAGCCUUUUUACAGAAAGAAUCAUCGGAGGAAUGAUACCAAUUCUGAAGGUAAUACUUUUGAAAUACAAGUUAUAUCUAAUAACAGAUUAUCGCCAUCAAGAUCUAAAUACGAACCUGUUGUGGUGGAAUUGAAGAUACGGGCUAAACCAAACAACAGAAUAUGUAAUAUUAAUUUUGAAAAGGGCAAUUCAUUGAAAAGAGUUACUGUAAAGACUACUGAUGAUAAUACUGGUAAAACAUUUAUUAAGAAGGAAGGGUAUGGUAUAGACGAAGUACAGCUACAUAAGUUAGAAUAUACUGGGGAUACCGAUUAUCACGUCAGCAUUGAAUGGUUACCUAAAAUCUUAAUAGAUGAAAAUGUGGUUGUCGAUGAUAAUACUGAUUCUUUACACAUAGAUGUUUCAUGUUUUUGGGGUGAUUACUUGAGUUUUAGCGCUAAUGGUAAUAGUACCAAUAAUAAAAUUGAUAUUAUAUCGCCUGGUAUCUAUGAAUUGCUUACUUAUUCUCCAUCCAAUAUUAUAUACACAAAUUUGGAAAGAGGGAUGGUAAUUGCAAAAUUAGUGGAUUAUAAACUAUGA